AUGUGGGAUGAUGAAUGUUAUCUGCAAUUUUUUUUGAUACUUGUUAGUGGAUGGGGAUGGGUUGUUCGAUUAGGAGAAGGGUCUUUUUCUGAUUUCUCUUUUUGGGAAAAUUUUAUAGCUGGGUUUAUGUUACUGCAAAUGGAAUAAUGCAGUCACAUUCACAGUUUCAGUUCUUGGAAAGAAGCUAUCUUUCCAGAUAGGAUAAAAAGAAAUGUGUAUUUUUGAAUAUUCAAAGGUUCAAUUUGUGUUAAAGAUGACAAAUUUAUUCACUAAUCAAACGACAGAAUCUAUGUGGAUUGAUGGAAUUCCAUUUCAAAAAGAUUGUUGAGGAUAGUGGAUUAGCUAGUAGCUAUGGGGCGUUUCACAUCCAUGUUUAGUGGGCUAACAAGAUCGUUUUCCACAACAAAGAAAGUGAAGAAUUCAGGGGAUCACGGUGGAAAAGAGACAUCAGAAACCAUGGUAAAAGAUGCAAAGAAGAAGGAUUUGAUCUUAAGAUCUUCUGGCUGCAUUAACGUCCAUAAUUUGGCCUCUGUUUGCUCCAGAAGAGGCGAAAAGGGGGUGAAUCAAGAUUGUUGCAUCGUAUGGGAGGAAUUUGGAGGGCAGGAGGAAAUGACGUUCUGUGGGAUUUUCGAUGGUCAUGGUUCAUGGGGACAUUACGUUGCAAAAAGAGUAUGUGAAUCGAUACCUUCAACAUUGCUAUGCAAUUGGCAAGAAGAGAUGAUGCAAGUCGAAGCUUCACUUGACUUACAACCUGUUAAAGUUAAAAAGCUCGACAGAUUCCAUGUGUGGAAGAAUUCUUUCAUAAGGACUUGUGCUUCUGUUGAUCACGAUGUACGAGAAUGCCGUAAAUUUGAUUCUUUUCAUAGUGGAACCACUGCUUUAGCCGUUGUUAAACAGGGUGAACUUCUAGUGAUAGCAAAUGUUGGGGAUUCACGUGCAGUACUGGCUACAACUAGCGAUGAUGGGUGCUUGGUACCAGUACCACUUACUGUUGAUUUCAAGCCAAAUCUACCUCAUGAGGCGGAGCGAAUAGUUGAAUGCAAAGGACGGGUUUUUUGUUUAGAAGAUGAGCCUGGUGUGCACCGGCUAUGGUUACCAAAUGAGGAGUCACCUGGUCUGGCUAUGUCAAGAGCCUUUGGUGACUAUUGUGUCAAAGAUUUUGGACUUGUAUCCGUGCCUCAAGUAACAGAAAGACGUAUAACUAGGAAAGACCAGUUUAUCGUGCUUGCUUCCGAUGGGGUGUGGGAUGUAGUUUCGAAUGAAGAAGCAGUGGAGAUCGUGUCGUCUACCGUCGACAAGGCUAAAUCGGCAAAACGACUGGUGGAGUUUGCGGGGCGAGCCUGGAAACGGAAGAGGAAAGGGUUUGCAAGCGAUGAUAUCUCGGCUAUUUGUCUCUUUUUUAAUAAUGGUUCACCUUCAUCUCAGCAAAUUCAUCCUCUAGCUAGUAGCGACUCUUAACCAUUAUCUUAUGUAAAUCUUAAUGAGAUAUGGUUGUUCUUAUGGUGAUUCAAAGCAUUUUAUCCAAUUUCCUACAAUUGCGAGUGGGU